AGGUAUUGUAGAAGACUUUUUUUUAAUCAUUAAUGACAUUUUAUCGUUUGCCAUUUAAUAAAAAUUGAAAAUACGAUUUGUCAGUUUGUAGAGUAAAAAUUUAUACUUUUUAAUAAUAAAUAGAUAUAAUACCACAGUGCAUUCAUUAUUAUAUAAUUUUUCCGAAAUGUCUUACGAUAACUCAUACAACUUCGAACGAAUACUUUUGUAGUUUGUAUUGAUUGUAUCUUCACCUAUAUAAACACAACAAAACGAGAAGAAUGUCUUUAAUAGAAGGUGUUGGGGAUGAAGUGGUGCAGUUCGUGGUUGUUGUGUUGGUUGUGGUGGUAGCUUCUUUAGCUUGGUGGUCCACCAAUGCAAGACCUGAUAGAUACAGAACUGUACUUGUGAUGAGAUCUCGACCCCAUCACCCUGUUACAGUCAGCAUUUUAACGAGAUCAAACAUAACCAAUACCCAAGUAAAUACUACACCACCGUCAACUUUAGAACCUAUUGCUGCAAAUAACACAAGUUCUGAUAAUGAGAACAGCAGAGACAAUAGAGUGAUACCUCUACAGGAAAUGGACAGCAUUGUUGAUGCAGAUAUGGCGAUGUUGAACAACAAUCGUUUACAUUUCUAUCGAAGGAUUGAUUCUCCUCCUAAUAACCAAAUCAUCUCUGAAACUCAAAGUGAAGAAACAGAUAACAUGGAGGAACAAGAGCCUGCGAGCAACGCUCAGAUAAGAGAGAUGGACAGUAUAGUCAGUGCCAUGGAGGCUGAUGUCACAACUGGAUGUGACUUUUUUACAAGAUCAAGUGAAUCACAUUCUAAUUCAAAACCAAUAUCAGCAAUAUCCAGUCAAAAAGAAGAAUCAUCUACAGACCGAGAAAUUGCUGAUGUUGAGACAGAAAAUGCCGUUGGGACAUCUAGUGAUGUAAUAGACAGUGCUGGCGAUGAAAGAAAAAUACUAAUUAAGCUUAAAUAUCUAAAUGACACGUUAAAAGAAGUAGAAGGAAGCCUUGAUGAACUUUUAAAGGAUUUCAAACAACGGCACUUCUCGGCGGAGUUGUGCGCCGACCGUCGCGUUCGACUCAUUUUCCGUGGUCGCGUGUUAGGCGAUGAGGCUGCCACGUUACGUGCGUGCGGCUUGCAUCACCAGGCCGUGGUGCACUGCCUCGUGCAUCCCUCCCAUUCGCCGCGAUCGCCUCGCGUCGCCUCUCAGCAACAACAAAACUUAUCAGAGACAUCCACUAACGCCACUCACGAGCUGGUGACUGAGACCGCGGCGGUGCCGGAACGCGCGUGGGAUCUCGAGAACAUCCUUAUGACUCUAGUCUCUGUCGCACUCACCGUAGUAUGGUUCUUCAGGUGUGAAUAUUCCAACAUGUUUACGGCCAGUGCCAGUGUCGCCCUAUUUGGAUUGACCGUGUUCUAUAGUGUUGCAAUAUUUGGUAUUUAUCUAUCAGAUACAUUCCAUUUCGACCGACGACCUGCGCAACCCUUACCCAAUAACUAAAACGAAUCUAAAUGUACACAUUACUUUUGAACCGCCUUUUAUAAACUUUAAUGUAUUUCAUGAGCCUGUGGUCGGUUUAUGUAAUAUUAAAUCGAUGAUAAAAAUAUAUAUAUUACCACAGUAUAUUUGCUCAUAAAACAUUUUAGCUUGUACUGCAACAUCUAAAAUAGUUGCCUGCGUGAAGAUAUUUAAUGCAUAAAAAUCUUCUCGAAGUUUCUAAUAUAAAAAUGUUUUAAAAUUUUGGAUAAAAUGCUUGCGUAAAGUGAAAUUAAUAUAGAUAUAAUUUAGUCAAACAGAGGAAGUACCAAAUAAUAAAUUAGGUACAAUUUUCUAUAAAAUAACACUACAGAGUGUGAUAUUUUUCAUCAGUUUUAAAAUGUUUUAAUCAGAUAAUAUUUUAUGCUUCCUUGACUUGAGUAUAAAUAAAAAAUUACUUAAUUAUUAUUAAAAAUUAGCAUACAUUCAUGUAAAGCACAAAACCUUUUUAUUUUUACCGUCCAAAUAAUCUCAAUCAUGAUUGUACCACUUAUUUAUUUAAUUAAAAUGGAUCAUAUCGCCAUCAUAAAAAUACUAGUGACAGUAUCUGAAUGAGUAUUCAGCAACUGUAGGAUAUACAAUUCCUGAAAUAAUAAUUAUUAUCUGUUUGAAUCCAAAUAUAUGACAUAUUUACUUAUACCUUUUUGUUUUUGAGGUCAAAACGUAAAUAUGCUACUUAACUAAACUAAACAGUUAAGCUAUUAAAAGAUUAUACAUUCAAUACAAACAUUUUUUUUUUUUUCCAUUAACAUCUAUAAAGUAAUAAGUAGUAACCCUAAGGGUAAUUUAAUCAAUUAGUGAAUUUGUAAAUCAAUAUUAUAAUAGACAUAUUUUAUGGUGAAAUAAAAAAUGUAAUUCUAAUGUAUAUAUCACUAAAUAUCAUUACUUUAAUCAUUAUUAUUAUUAUUUCAGUUUUGUGAAUUUAAGAAAACGAUUUCAUCUUUACAAAAUGACUACAUUACAUUUAUUUAUAAAUAAUAUACAUACAUUUGGAACAAACAUAGAAAAAAUAUUGCUUCUGUAUCAAAAUCUGUAAAUUUCUAAAAUAUAAAUUGUAUUCUAAAUACAGUUUGUAUUAUAACUUGUAUGAUCGCGACAUGAUCUGAUGCAGAUUUACUGGCGACGGUUUUUGUUUAUAAUAGAAUGAAUAUAUUUAUGUAAAUGCAAAAUCAUAACUGGGUUCAGCGAAUGUAAAUAAAAAUAGGUUAAAAAUUAAUGUAUUUAAUAAGAAAUACGGUGACUGCUGCACACUUUAGUUAUCUGAAACAUCAUAGUUGGCGCGAUUUCUCGUGUAUAUUGUACAUUAAUUGCUGCUGAAACAUUUUAUUGUUAUUUAAUUUUUAAGUUCAUGCAAUAAAUUUAAACCAAAAA